AUGGACGAUGAACAACUGCGCAGUAUAGUGCGGAAUUUGACGAAUACUGCAAUAGACAAUGCAAUGGACAAAAUCUUUACAGAGGUAAUGGCCGAAGAUCUUGACCAAGGGGUGGAUGAUAUUGUGAAACUGACCAUUGGAAAGUCAAUUACCGCUAUACGCGAUGGUAGAACUUCCUCAACAGAUGAUAAGAUGAAGGAAUGGUCAGGACAUUUUGAUAAAGAAGUAAGCGAUAUUGUAGAGUUGACCAUUGGACAAUCGGUGACCGCCAUCCGCAAAGGUCAAACAUCGCCGACUGGUAAUAAGAUGGAAGGACUGUUCAAAACAACAUCGGAAGUAACAACUGUCACAUCAGGAAGUAAUCCACUGAAGGUUUGUGACGCGGGAAUCAAGCAAGACGUGACAGGAAGUGGAAGUGACAGCCAGCUACAAACUGCAACUCGAAACAUCGUCCAAGGUGGCAGCAGUGGCGCCUCAGUCGGCAAGCAGACGUCACGUCCAUCCAAGGUCGCAAAGAAGAAAGGCUGGAUCCGUAAAAACCUGUUGUGCUGCUUCGUCAGACAGACUUCCACAGUGGAACCAAGUUGUAAAUAA